AUGUUUACUACUGCUGAAAUCAAGGAAUGUCUAACGAAGGCCUUUUCAUCUUUGCAGGAAAAUGUCUACAAGGGUAAGCUUACACAUUCUGAAGAAAUCCAAGCAUUCCAAAAGUACUUUGAAACUAUCUAUAACCCAAUGGAACUUGUUCAAACCGCCUUUGUCGAAAGGAAGGUGGUGAAGAAAGAGAAGCCUAUGGCGAAAGCUAGUUCGAAUACUACUUUUAAGCCAACUACCUCUUCAAGCCAAGGAGCUCUUUCUGCCAAGGAUGCUGCUCCAGAAAAAACAAAGAAGAGUUCAAAGGGUAGUGGCAAGCCUCCUCUAAUGCCAAAGAAAAGAAAAGUCCCAACUGAAAAUAUAAUCCUUGUCGAAGAUGAUGAAGAAGAAACUCCUCCCACUCCACUUAAGAAAAAACAGAAAAAGAAUAAGGCAACAGUUGCCCCUUACCAAACAACCAAACAACAAGGCGUCGAAAUCAAGAUUCUCCCUCCUCCUUUGAAGGAAACUCAUUCUCAGCCCUCUCGUGGCGUAGUGUUGGAGCACAUUGGGAGUAAUGCUUCCGACCCUGAGGCUCAACAGGAAAAACCUACUACUCCCAUCAUCUCUACUGCCAAUCCGAGUGGUCCUUCGAGCGAUAUGAAUCCAUCUCCUCCUUCAAAAAUCAGUGGUGUUGUUCAAAAUAAAGGAUCUUCGACUGGAGCACAAAAUCUCGAAGUAGAUAAUGUCCAGAACGAACAAGAAACCUCUUCUCCUGGCAAAGAUGGUAAAAAAAAUUCGAAGCAAGAUAAAGAGAAGGAUUCAGAAGAAAAAGAAGAUUCUGAGGAUACUCCUAGUAACUCUCCUCCAAGAGUUACGUUCCCCUCAGAUUAUGCUGACGAAGAUGAUCAGGAUUCUGAUGAGAUUGAGAGGUACUUUCAACAAGAUGAAGAAAUGAGUGAGGGAGAAGCUGAUCCUGAAGGAAAUCAGACUGGAACUGAUGAUGUUAUUGUCGAAAUAGUCCCAGAUCCAACUAACGUUAGAUCAUCCACCAUCCAGACUUCGCCUAUAUCACUUACUGAGGAGGAGAAAAAUGCUUUGAAACAAAAUGAUCCCCUCAAGUAUGUAAGGUUGAUGAUGGCUCAAAGAGAAUCUUCUUCAGAAAAAAUCAUUUCUGGAGCUUCGACCAAUUCUGGUGUUAGCGCAAACGAAUCAUCACACGACGAACUCCUUAAGCAGGUGAAGAAGGAUGUUUUUGAUGUAGAUCUCUUUGAAAACUUGAAGAAGGAUAAGAAGAUUUCUGAUGCUAAGGCGAAGCAGGCUGCUAUCCAAGGCUUGGAUAGUACUGAAGCUGAUAAUCUGGCGAAACAGAGCGUAGAUCACGUCGAAAAAGCUACUGCUAUGAAUGAAGAUAUUGCGCGCCUCAGAGGGGUUCAAGCUGCUGUUCAGUACAAGAUAGGCUUGGCGAAGAUAAAGUAUGAUCGGAUGAAGGCCACUAUCCCUUUCUGA